CUUUUUUAGACGCUUCAGCUCGAAUCUUUCUUUUUUCAGCGCUUCUCUCUCUCCCUCUCUCUCGCGUGCUCACUGGUGGGUAGACUAAGAUUGUCAGGAGAGUGGGUUUUGAGGGAUUUCUGCGUAUGAGAUGUGAUUGUGACGGGAUCUUGCGUGGUUUGAGGGAGGGUGGGGUCGCUACCUGCUUGAAGUAUCUUGGCUGAGGGCGCGAUUGUGCUGAACUGCAUCCAAUGGAGGCUCUACCUGAGAAUCAUAGUGAGGAUGGAGAGAACAUGAUCCGGUCUGCGGCGUCCUCGAAGCAAUCCUCAGUGGCUUCAGCUGAAAGUGUGAAGAAAUCAUCGAAAUUGGCGAAACAUGGUGGAGUCAUGCCAGCAUCCAAAGCUUCCGGGACUUUUUCAUCUGUCAGCAAGAAGAUGGAAGAUGUCGGGGUACCAGAUAUGAGCUCCACUAGGUCUAAUUCCAGGUUCAUGAAGCCAACCGUCACUUCAAACGCUGUUUCUUUGCAUAGAAGAAAAAGCACGGGAGGCUUGGCAGAGAAGCACCCGGCUUCAGCUCCAAAACGACAGGAAAAUGGAGGUGCAAUUGGUGGUAAAAAGGUGUCUCCAUCGAUUUCAGAUCCUGGAAAGAGGAGUAACGUUGAAAGUAGGCGUUCAUCACUGCCUUCUGUUAGCUCAAAAGCUCCAAACUCGGUGACACGCUUGGAGACAAAGAAGUCGCCUACACUCUCACAUUUAUCCUCUACCAAGUCUGAUAGGAGCAAGCCAUAUUUGACACCAAAACCCUCGGUUAGGCCAUCGGCAUCAGUUUCCUCCUGGAAAAGGGUCCCUUCAAUUUCAGCGGACAGUUCCGAUGGCUGCAGUAGUCUCAGAAGGGUGGCUUCUCAUGUUUCUUCUCCAUCAGCAUGCUCACCUUCAGUAUCUAGCAGCUCUAAAUUGGGACCCUUGUCCUCCUCAGUGGACAGGGGUUCUUCUUUAUCAGGUCGGAGGAAAGCUUCAACUCCAGAGAGUUGUGAUACUCGCUUAAUCAUGCUCCCACAGAUUGAGGUCAAAGCUGGGGACGAGCGGAGGCUGGAUUUAAGAGGUCAUAGAGUUCAUAGUCUUGGCGCCUUGAACUUGUCACCAAAUUUGGAGUUUGUUUAUCUCAGGGAUAAUGUGCUAUCAUCUGUGGAGGGUAUUGAGAUUUUGAAGCGUUUGAAGGUUCUUGAUCUGAGCUUUAAUGAUUUUAAGGGGCGUGGUUUUGAGCCUCUUGGAAAUUGCAAAGUCCUGCAGCAACUUUACCUCGCUGGAAAUCAAAUAACAUCGCUUGCCAGUCUUCCUCAACUUCCUAAUCUGGAGUUUCUCUCUGUUGCACAGAACAGGUUAAAAUCACUUUGCAUGGCUAGUCAGCCUCGACUUCAGGUAUUGGCAGCUAGCAAAAACAAAAUAUCAACUCUGAAGGGUUUCCCGCACUUACCGCAACUUGAGCAUUUGCGUGUGGAGGAGAAUCCUAUACUAGAGAUGCCUCACUUGGAAGCUGCAUCGAUAUUGCUUGUUGGCCCUACCCUAAAGAAGUUUAACGAUAAAGAUCUUUCUCCUGAUGAGCUAGAAAUUGCAAAGCUAUAUCCUGCUCAUACGGCUUUGUGCAUUAGGGAUGGUUGGGAAAUUUGCCAUCCAGAGUUUGCUGCAGAUUCAACCUUUGCUUUUCUGGUCGAACAAUGGAAAGAUCACUUGCCUCCUGGCUGCAUGCUUAAAGAAGCCUCCAUAGAUCAGCCAUUUGAAGGGGAUGCAUGCCGCUGCCUCUUCAACUUUGUCAACCUAAGCAGCGAUCCUGAGUUAGUUCUAAAAUUUCAAUGGUUUAUAGGAGACAGAACCCCAACGAACUUUGUGCCUAUUGCUGAUGCAAUAGGUGAGGUAUAUUGGCCAAAGCACGAGGACAUUGACAGACAUCUGAAGGUUGAGUGCACUCCAGUACUGAAAGAUAUUGAGUACCCUCCUAUUUUUGCUGUAUCAUCACCUGUUUCCCCAGGAACUGGAUAUCCAAAAGUUCUAAACUUGAGAGUGCAUGGUGAACUUGUGGAGGGAAAUAUGAUCAAGGGUUUUGCAGAGGUUGCAUGGUGCGGUGGAUCACCAGGGAAAGGUGUAGCAAGUUGGUUGAGGCGAAGAUGGAGUAGCAGUCCUGUGGUGAUAGUUGGAGCUGAAGAGGAGGAAUACCUGUUGAACGUACAUGACAUUGAUUCAAGUCUGGUUUUCAUGUAUACUCCAGUAACAGAAGAAGGUGUCAAGGGAGAACCACAGUAUGCAAUGACUGACUUUAUAAAAGCAGCUGCACCAUCAGUUAAUAAUGUGCGGAUCAUUGGAGAUGCUAUUGAAGGAAAUACAAUAAAAGGGGUUGGAGAAUAUUUUGGGGGGAAGGAGGGUCCAAGCAAGUUUAAGUGGUUGAGAGAGAGCAAGGAAACCAGUAACUUUAUAUUAUUAUCAUCUGGUGCUUUCGAGUAUACCCUGAUAAAGGAGGAUGUGGGGCGACGCCUAAAAUUUGUUUAUAUUCCAAUUAAUUUGGAAGGCCAGGAGGGAGAAUCAGCAUCUGCCAUGACAGAGCAUGUAAAGCGAGCCCCUCCAAAGGUAAUCAAUUUGAAAAUAGUUGGAGAUUUGAGAGAAGGGAACAAGGUGACCAUCACUGCUACUGUCACUGGGGGAACUGAGGGUUCCAGUAGGGUCCAGUGGUUUAAAACAAUGUCCGUAAAAUUAGAGGGGGAAAAUGGUCUUGAAGCUGUCAGUGCCUCCAAAAUUGCAAAGGCAUUUCGUGUUCCCCUUGGUGCUGUUGGUUGCUAUAUUGUUGCAAAAUUUACUCCUAUGGCCCCUGAUGGUGAAACUGGUGAACCAGCAUAUGUUAUAUCAGAAAAGGUUGUUGAAACACUUCCACCAAGCCUAAAUUUUCUGUCGGUCACUGGUGAUUUUUCUGAGGGUGAAAUGUUGACAGCAUCAUAUGGCUAUGUUGGGGGCCAUGAGGGUAAAAGCAUAUACAAUUGGUAUCUUCAUGAAACUGAAACCAGCAUAGGUGCCUCAAUACCAGAGGCAUCAGGACUUCUUCAAUAUCGCAUAACAAAGGAUGCUAUUGGCAAGUUUAUUUCUUUCAAAUGCACUCCGGUAAGGGAUGAUGGUACUGUUGGUGAGCCAAGAACUUUCCAAGCACAGGAGCGAGUUCGCCCAGGAAGCCCAAGAUUGCUUUCCUUGCAGAUAAUAGGUAAGGGUGUUGAGGGAACAACAUUGGUUGCCGACAAGAAAUAUUGGGGUGGAGAAGAAGGUGAUUCAGUUUUCCAUUGGUUCUUGACUAAUUCUGAUGGUACGCAGAGUGAAAUCAAAGGUGCUACAACUGCAUCAUAUACCUUAACUUGCAAUGAUAUUGGCUUCCUUGUCUCUGUUUCAUGUGAACCUGUUAGAAAUGACUGGACUUGUGGUCCUAUAGUUGUUUCAGAAUAUAUUGGUCCCAUUCUACCUGGUCCACCAACUUGUCAAUCGCUGAAAUUUCUGGGAUCAAUGGUUGAAGGAGGCCGUCUGAGCUUUCUUGCUGAAUACACUGGAGGUGAAAGUGGAAAUUGCACCCACGAAUGGUUUAGGGUGAAGAGUAAUGGUAUAAAGGAUAAGUUGACUGGUUAUGAAUAUUUGGACUUGACUCUUGAGGAUGUCGGUAAAUGUAUCGAGCUCAUUUACACACCUGUAAGGAAGGAUGGAUCAGGAGGAUCGCCAAGGAGCAUUAUCUCAGACGUCAUUGUUCCUGCGGAUCCAAAGGGUAUUGAGCUUGUCCUACCAAGCUGUUGUCAGGACAUGGAAGUUGUCCCACUGAAAUCUUAUUAUGGUGGAAAAGAAGGCAAUGGGAAGUACAUUUGGUGCAGAACUACAAAGAAGUUGCAGGAGUCUGAGUUGGUUAAUCUAGCUGCUGCUUCUGAUGAUAUUCUUGUCGUUGGAGAAACCUUAACAUAUACACCUUCACUUGAAGAUGUUGGCUCUUACUUGGCACUUUACUGGGUGCCGACACGUGCUGAUGGGAAACUUGGAGACCCAUUAGUUGCCAUAGGCAACCAUCCAGUCAUGGCAGCUCUUCCAGUUGUUUCUGAAGUACGCAUAAAGGAGUUGAGUUCUGGUGUAUAUGCUGGAGAAGGAAAAUAUUAUGGUGGAUAUGAAGGUUCAAGCCUAUAUAGCUGGUACAGAGAAACUAAUGAAGGAACAAUUGUUCUUAUCAGUGGAGCUAACUCCACCACUUAUGAAGUUACCGAUUCAGAUUACAAUUGCCAUCUAUUGUUCGGCUAUACUCCUGUUCGUUCAGAUGCUGUUGUGGGAGAACUCCGAUUAUCUGAACCAUCGGAUAUAAUUCUUCCAGAAAUUCCAAAAAUUGAGAUGCUUUCCUUCAAUGGAAAGGAAAUGGAAGGAGGAUUACUAACUGCUGUUGAAGUAAUUCCAAAUAGUUCAAUUCAACAACAUAAUUGGGAUAAGUACAAGAAGGAGAUUAAAUACCAAUGGUUUUGCUCUGUAGGAACAGGAGAUUAUCAGUCCUUUGAACCAUUGCCUUCUCAGCGCUCCUGCUCAUAUAGGAUACGUUUAGAGGACAUAGGUCGAUGUCUAAAAUGUGAAUGCACAAUCUCAGAUGUUUUUGGAAGGUCGAGUGAGUCUGUAUCAGCAGUGACUACUCCUAUUUUGCCAGCAAUACCCAAAAUUGAUAAGCUGGAGAUUGAAGGAAGAGGUUACCACACAAACUUAUACGCUGUUCGAGGUAAUUAUAGUGGAGGAAAAGAAGGCAAGAGCAAAAUCCAAUGGCUCAGAUCGAUGGUUGGAAGCCCUGAUCUCAUAUCUAUACCUGGUGAAGCAGGGAGGAUGUAUGAAGCUAACGUUGACGAUGUGGGGUACAGACUUGUAGCAGUUUAUACUCCUAUAAGGGAAGAUGGAUUUGAGGGACAACCAGUUUCUGCAUCAACAGAUCCAAUUUCAGUUGAGCCCGAUAUUUACAGAGAAGUGAAGCAGAAGCUGGAUCUUGGAUCUGUCAAGUUUGAGGCACUGUGUGACAAGGACCGGUCACCAAAGAAGGCUCUAAGAGUGGGAAAUCUUGAGAGAAGAAUUCUAGAAGUCAACAGAAAGAGGGUCAAGGUUGUGAAACCGGGUUCAAAGACUUCGUUUCCAACUACUGAAAUCAAGGGAACUUAUGCUCCUCCUUUCCAUGUUGAGCUUUAUCGCAACGACCAACACCGCUUCAAGAUUGUAGUGGACAGUGAGAAUGAAGUGGACUUGAUGGUGCAAACCCGACACAUGCGUGAUGUCAUUGUUCUUGUGAUAAGAGGAUUUGCCCAAAGAUUCAAUAGCACAUCCCUUAAUUCCCUUCUCAAGAUAGGGACAUGACAUACAAUAUUAGAAGGACGGCAUGCGGAGAUCUCCCUUCAGUCAGCCUAAAACAAGUUACGAUAUUUUAUCCCCUAUUGCUCGAGUUGGCGAUUUGUUUCACAGAAUUCUUAACGUAGAAGUUUCCUGAUAUUUGGCUUGCAAGGGUUUUGAUUUGCGUGAUUGUGGUGUGAAUCUACUUGUAUAUUGUUGACAGAGAUCCAUAGUGCCUCACUAAGCCAGCUCACCCAGUCACCACCCAUCAUUGGUUGAUGUUUCCAUCAGUCACGCACAAUUGCCUGUUUACUGACUCCUUUGGUGUAAAUUAUGUUGCGAGUUGUGAGAGAUGUUGUAUAGCCAAGUCUGUAUAUUGAGAACCAGGAGCAUGCUGGAAGGGUUUUGUCAAUGGAACAGUUUCUUGGGAAGUUUGAAUCAUUUUACAGUUCAGAAAUCA